AUGGCCUCCACUUUCUUCAACAACAAGGCCCGCGCCGCUGCAGUUGCUGCAUCCAGCAGCUCCAAGCCUAAGGCCGGCGAGGGCAAAGAAGAUACGACUCGCCAGCAGCCAUGGGUCGAGAAAUAUCGACCGAAAUCUCUCGAUGAUAUCGCCGCACAAGACCACACCACCAAAGUCCUUCGGCGCACCUUGCAAGCUUCCAACCUUCCUCACAUGCUCUUCUACGGUCCCCCAGGUACCGGCAAAACAUCCACAAUCCUCGCCCUGGCCAAAUCUCUCUUCGGCCCCGCGCUGUACCGCUCCCGCAUUCUCGAACUCAACGCUUCCGACGAGCGUGGAAUCGGCAUCGUCCGCGACAAGGUCAAAAACUUCGCCCGUGCCCAGCUCUCCCAGCCAACAGGUCUCGAUGCCGCCUACCGCGCACAAUACCCCUGCCCGCCAUUCAAGAUUAUCAUUCUUGACGAGGCCGACAGCAUGACCCAGGAUGCACAGUCCGCGCUGCGCAGAACUAUGGAGACAUACAGUCGCAUUACUCGUUUUUGUCUUGUGUGCAACUACGUGACCCGCAUCAUCGAGCCGCUUGCUAGUCGUUGCAGUAAGUUCCGGUUCAAGUCGCUGGAUAAUUCGGCUGCCGGGGUGCGGCUGGAGGAAAUUGCGCGCGCGGAGAACCUGAAGCUUGAUGAUGGGGUAAUUGAUACGCUUAUUCGUUGCGGUGAGGGUGAUCUCCGUCGUGCGAUUACCUAUAUGCAGAGUGCGGCGAGAUUGGUCGGUGCCGCGAAAGCGCCCAGCAAGGAUGCUGAUGAUGAUGCUGAGAUGACGGAUGCUGGUAGUGCCGACGCUGCAUCUAUUACUGUGCGCAGCAUUGAGGAGAUUGCCGGCGUGGUGCCGGAGGAUAUUCUGGAUAGUCUCGUUCAGGCUAUGCAGCCCAAGAGUUCUGGAUCAGCGUAUGAGGCCGUCUCGGGGGUUGUGACGGAUCUCGUGGCCGAUGGAUGGAGUGCUACGCAGGUUAUUGGACAGUUGUACCGAAGAGUUAUUUUCAACGAGGCUAUUCCAGAUCUUCAGAAGAACAAGAUCGUCAUGGCCUUUUCAGAAUUGGAUAAGCGGCUUGUUGAUGGCGCAGAUGAGCACUUGUCCGUCCUGGAUCUGACACUGCGCAUCGCUGGCAUCCUGCGUGGUUGA